AUCUCAUUAGCGGCGCGCGCGGUCGCUAGGUGCCGGCGCGGCGGGCAGAGCCGAGCAGGUGCCCGAGAUGGCGGGUCGCGCCCAGCCCCGCCGCCCCGCGCCCGCCGCCGCCGCCGCCCCGGGCCUCCUCCCGCUCCUCCUGCUGCUCCUCUCCGCCGCCGCCAUCAUCCCCAGAGGUGACGGCCAGAAUUUGGUUACCGAAGACGUGACGGUGGUGGAGGGAGACGUCGCCACCAUCAGCUGCCGCGUCAAGAACAGUGAUGACUCGGUGAUUCAGCUCCUGAAUCCCAACCGACAAACCAUUUAUUUCAGGGAUUUCAGACCGCUGAAGGACAGCAGGUUCCAGCUGGUGAACUUCUCCAACAGCGAGCUCCGAGUGUCCUUGACUAACGUCUCCAUUUCCGACGAAGGACGGUACUUCUGCCAGCUCUACACUGAUCCCCCCCAGGAAAUCUACACCACGAUUACAGUGCUCGUCCCGCCACGCAAUUUGGUAAUUGAUAUCCAGAAGGAAAUCGCCGUCGAGGGAGAAGAGAUUGAGCUGAACUGCACUGCCAUGGCCAGCAGACCAGCCACCACCAUCAGAUGGUUCAAAGGAAACAAGGAGCUAACCGGCAAGUCCGAGGUGGAGCAGUGGUCCGACAUGUACACGGUGACCAGUCAGCUCCUGCUGAAGGUGGGACGGGAGGACGAUGGCGUCCCCGUCAUCUGCUUGGUGGAUCACCCUGCUGUCAAAGACUUGCAGACUCAGCGUUACCUGGAAGUCAUGUAUAAGCCCCAAGUGCGGGUGUCGCAGAAUUACCCGGUGCAAGGCCUGACGAGAGAAGGGGAGCCGCUGGAACUGACGUGCGCAGCCUUUGGAAAACCACAGCCUACGGACAUGAGGUGGUUAAGAGUAGAUGAUGAGAUGCCUCAACACGUUGUAGUGUCUGGUUCAAACCUUCUCAUUAGUAACCUAAACAAAACAGAUAAUGGUACAUACCGCUGUGAGGCUUCAAACGCGGUGGGGAAAUCACAUGCGGAUUACAUGCUGUUUGUAUACGAUCCCCCCACAACUAUCCCUCCUCCCACAACAACCACCACCACUACCACCACCAUCCCUACCACCAUCACAGACACAACGGCGACGACAGAACCGGCAGUUCACGGCUUUACUCAGUUGCCCAAUUCGGCAGAGGAGCUGGACUAUGGGGAUCUCUCAGAUUCUCGCGCAGGUGAGGAAGGGGCAAUACGGAGCGUGGACCAUGCGGUGGUUGGUGGCGUCGUGGCCGUGGUCGUGUUUGCCAUGCUUUGCCUGCUCAUCAUUUUAGGGCGAUAUUUUGCCAGACAUAAAGGUACAUACUUCACUCACGAAGCCAAAGGAGCAGAUGAUGCGGCCGACGCAGACACAGCCAUCAUCAAUGCAGAAGGAGGACAAAACAACUCCGAGGAAAAGAAAGAGUACUUCAUCUAGAGCAGCCUUGGUUUCUAUGAGGUGUCCAACCGUGGACGGUUACUACUGGCCCUAUUUAAACGCUCAAGAGACAGUGAUAUCGGAAGUUGCAACCAGCUUGUGUCUUUUUUUUUUUAGAGAAAAAAAAAAAGCAAAUGGGUGGAAAGUCGUGAGGCUGGGAGGGUCCGGGAUUUGCUGUGUAAAAAUAUUCCGCGUAAAGUACACUCUGCUGUUCGACACCUCAGUUUGUUUGGGUUUUCUUUUUUUGGCCAAGUCCAGCUUGGAUUUAGUUUAGUGAAGUCAUUUGCAGAAGAUUCUGUGCCUUGUUUUAAUUUCUGUUCGUUCGGGUCGGGGGGAGGCUGGGAAGAAGAGGGGCUUCUGUGCGCUAGUUCCCUUCGGGUUUCUGUGGCUCUUCGUUUCCCCUUUCCUGUUCUCUUUCUGGAGUUGCCUGCUGGGACCCCGGGGAGUAGGUGGGUUUCUUGGAAGGUGUUUCUCUUUCUGUUUCUCUUCACCGUUUUCCGUUCAGAACUCGAGCUCAUCUGAGGAGAACCAGCACAUUUUAGAUUCCGUAGUUUGCAGUUCAGUGUGCCCAUCUCCCAUCCCCUCUUAUCGUCGUGAAGGCUGGGAUGAACCGGCGACGAGAACCCCUUUGUGGCUGCCCGUCCUCCAGGUGCUCGCGGUGGUGGCGACCGGCAGAUGGGCCGGAGCUGGGCCGGGGGCCGAGCCUGCCCCCCGCGCCCCGCCGGCCCCUUCCCUCGCCCAGCGCCCCGGCCCGGCUCUCCCCGGCUGGCUGGGGACGGCAGAGCCCUCCCGGGGCUGGGGACCCUCCACGGGACGCGGCGGGGAGGGCGGCCCCCCACUCCCCCCCCAGCGCGCGUAGAGCCGAGACCCGAGAGCGGCCGGACAAGCAAAACUGCCUUUUUUUUUUUUUCCUACCCGCUGAGUAAAACGUGGGAACUCGCGUUAAAAACGACAGUGCUAACUGACUUACAAAGCCAUAGGUGAAAAGGAGAAUCUAGGUAAAUUAGAAUCGUCAGUGACAGGUAGCAGACCGCAGUGAGAAGACGGUAUUAAAGUUAUAUAUGCUGACUUUUUUUUGGUGAGUAAUCUUGGAUUUCGAGCGAUGCUUUUUUUUUUUUUUUUUUUUUACUGUGUUUCUGUGGAAAACGUAUCCUGAUUUAUUUAAGGGAAGCGGUAAUCUUAGCGUCGGGUUCGGGGGUUUUUUAGGGGUUUCGGGGGGAGCGUUUCCGUGAGGUUUUUUUGUUGUUGUUGUUUUUUCUUUUUCUUUUUUUUUUUUUUUUUACCUUGUUGUUUUCGGCAGAACCAUUACAGUGCGGGAGUCCUUUGGGAGCGGGACGGCCGGCCGGCAGCGCGCGCGUCCCGUCUCCAGCAGUAUUCUGUCUUUCCCCUUGUCACGAGGAGAACCUCGCCGAAGUACCCUUUUUUGUCCCGAGCAGAUUCUGUCGAGCGCAGCUCUUUUCUGAGCCUUCGGCACCAUUGCCAAACCCCAUCGUGGUGAGAAGCAGUCAGCAUGUUGGAGUUCGGGGGGGGCGUGUUUACCCGUCACCGGUCGCGGGAUUGGCAUCCUGGUUUUGAGCAGCCCAUCUUUGUUUUGGAAGUGUACCGUAGUGCAGUGUUACCGAUGUAACUUUGACUUACAAUGUUGACAUGUCUCAGGUUCAUGUGUUUUGAUUGGUGUUUUCCGUCUCAGGUAGAUUGCAAAAUUUCGGCCCCACGCAUUGGAGAAAAAAAAAUAAAGAAAAACAGGAUAAAAAAAAAAAAAAACAGGAAAUUACGAAUUUUAGUUGUAUAUUGGUUUAUGUAUUUUUUCUUCAGUAUACAGUGCACUGUUUGAAAUGUAUUGUUGAGUAUUACUUUGUACAGCUUUAGAUCAUUAGGAUUUUGAAGCGUGAAGAAAGAACAACCUUGUUUAAAGAAAUAUUACAAAUGAAGGACACGGAACUGAUGAUAAACAACCUUGUUCUUUAUUCACCCGACCUUUUUCUUUUUUCCCCUUAGGCCAGUUCUGUUUUAAGGUGUCCAUGGAAGAUGUUACAAUGUAAGAAAAUACAUAUCCAUCUGCUCCCAUUCACAUUUUGUAUUGGUUCAUGUAUACCAUUUUUACAAAGGAAAAGAAGUACUAUAAAAUAUCUGUCUUCUUAAUAAAAAAAAAAUUAAUGUUACAAAAC